AAACAUUAUUCAAUGAAAACAAAACCAAAAAAAAAAACUUUAGGUUUCAACCGCCACAUUCCACAAUCAACCUUCAUGUAAUAGAUAAUUAUUUUAGAAAUUCAAUAAUAUCUUAAAGUAUUUUGGAUACAUAUUAAGAAUUAAGAUCAUAUUUUGUAGAAGUUUUUUUUUGUGACUUUAAACGUUUCGGGUUCUAUCGAAUAUCUAUUUAGAUCCGGGUUUGGUUCGGAUAAUACCUAUAACCCAAUAUACCAAAAAACAGGAUCCAUUCGGUAUUUAUGUCAGGUUCGGAUCGGUUCGGAUUCAUUUUUAUCGGAUCGGAUUCGGUUCGGAUUUUCGGGUUCGGUUUAAUUGCCCAGCCCUAUAUCAAAGUAUAUUUAAUAUCUUUAUAUGAAUGAUUCGUUUUCAUCAAACCUAACAAGAAACUAUAGACAUGGCACCCACUCCUUCGUCUUUCCUUUAAACAUAAACCUUCAAAUAACACAAAAAAAAUUGGCUUUAUUUCUUCUUAACUUCUCGAUCUUCUUUCACUUCAGAUUAAAAUGAGUAUGGCCGGCGGGGGAAAGUGGCUGAUAGAGGCAGAACAGCUGGUGGUUAAGCCUUUCCGGCUAGUAACAACAACACUCCUCAGCCUCCUCCUUCCUCUCUCUUUCCUUCUCCUUAGCCGUCUCUCUUCAGCUUCCUUCCUCUUCUCAUUGAUCAAUUCUCCUCCGCAAACGGAUUCAUCUUUCGUCUUCUCUAUCCUUCAUUACACGAAUCCGGCCAUAUUAUACGUGGCCGUUUCGGCAAUAAGCGUUUACACUCUAGUUCUUGGUCUGACCACCAAGAUCACAGCCUCAGAUCCCAACAGCUCGAUUCCCUUUUCUCCACAUGUCACCAUGGCGUGGCUCACGCUCUUCCUUGUUCAAAUCUCCGUCGGUUUAGGCCUGGAAGGAACGAGUUCCAACGGCUUAAUCAUCGGAAGUGAACGUAACUUCUUGAGCAGGCUAGUGUUUUUCUGUGGUCUUCACGAGGUAAUGCUUCUGUGGUGUAGGGUGAUCGUGAGACCGGUGGUGAACAGCACGUUGAUCUCCGGUCAACACGGGAGAGAAGAGACGGUGGUGGAGAGAGUGGCUUUGGCCGUGAGCUGUGGGACGUUGUGGUGGUGGAAGCUUCGGGAUGAAAUAGAGGCUUUGGUUGGUGUGGCAGAGGCUAAAAGAGCAUUGUUGUUGUUAUUAUUACCAACCGAUGGUAAUGCUAACGUUAGUUUGGAUGUGGGAACAAUUGAUUUUGUGAACUGGUGGUUAUACUAUAUGGUUGUGAUGAUUGGUAUGGUUAGGAUCGUUAAAGGGUGUUUGUGGUUUGGAAUGAUUUUGCUUUUCGAACAAGGUAGUAGAAGAAAUCCACGUCGAAAUGCCAAUGAUCCUCCUGUUUCUACAGCUUCUUCAGUUUAUUAUGACGAUGAAGGUGACACUAAAGUGUAAUUAGUAACAAUUGGUUAUAGGGUCACAAGUGGGGAAUGCAUUUUUUUUGUGUUUUGGAUCCAAGUUCUUACUCCUAAUAUACGAAGGUUCAAGUUGAUAUUUGUAAUGAGAAAGAUGUUAACAAAUUCAAUACUGGAAUGAAAUUUGAUAAACAGAGGCUUUACAUCACAUUUCGAUAGAAUCAUAAAAAAAAAAAAAAACAUUAGCACCAGCAAUAGGGCUGGGAUCAUGUAUUGGGGUUGGUUUCGGGGAGUGUUACAAAAAGAAAAGAAAAAAGAAAAUAAGGCAGACAUAGAAUGUUAGUGUCUGUCUAUCAGCUAGGUUAGGCCGACCAAACUUGUUACUCACCCCUUGUUAGGCCUCAAGUGAAAACGAAAAACUCAAAGUUAAUAAUAAAUAGACCGGGCUAAUAUUAUAAUAUCCACUAGAGUAGAGUAGACCAUUUUUAAUUGUCAGUUCAGCUUAUUUGUUCGCGUUGUUCGUCUCCUCCUUCUCCGCACCACAUCCGACUUGUUUGAUAGGCUGAGAAAUCAAAGAGAUGGCAGGACACAGGGUUGCACAUGCCACACUUAAAGGGCCUAGCGUUGUGAAGGAGUUAAUCAUCGGUAUGGCACUCGGUUUAGCUGCUGGUGGUCUUUGGAAGAUGCACCAUUGGAAUGAACAGAGGAAAACCAGAGCCUUCUACGACUUGCUUGAGAGAGGUGAGAUCAGUGUUAUUGCCGCCGAAGAGUAAUAAAAGCUCUGCUCACAGACUCAUUCUUCAAAGACUGAUGGAUGAUUUCGAAUUCUAUUUUUUUUGUUUCUGUUUAUAAUAACUCUGAGAUGAGUUUGGAUUUUGUGAGAAAUAAACAAAUCUGAGAAUGAGAUUUGGUAGAUCAUAAACUGAUUUUAGUGUGAUGGUCGAUUCAGACAAGCUUCCUUGUUUUGUUUUGUUUUGUUUAAAAAGUUAGUAUUAUUUUAUGGAACCUUA